CCUGCCUCGUACUGUCAAUGUCAGCCCAGCCUGUGUUGAUGGGCGACAUGAAAAAGUGUCUAACUUACUAUUUAAAUAAAAAAUGAUUAGUACAAUAACAACAUAAACAAUGUCGAUGGACGAAAACGAAUUCUUCAAGCAGACCGUGCAACACCUGGCCCGCUGUCUGUCCAACAUACAGCCGACACCAUGGGAAAAAGUAAACACCCUGUUCAUGUUAUGCCCGCAAGCGAGCUCAACACUUGUAGUAACGACCCGCAGCAUGGAGGCCUGCAUAGCCCUAGGGCUGUACUACUUGCAGAGCGGAAUGCAGCACCAGGAUAAGCUGCAUCCGUACUUCUUGAAGGUGCUGAAGUGCCUUACUACGGCUCAGUUUGAGGAGCCGGUGUGCCGGAUAAAGAGUGGUGACCGUAUUCCGAUGUCCGAGAAGUUCAGCUUCUGCCUGAACACGCUCCUAUCCGACGUGGCGACGAAACAGCCGUCACUGCGCGAGGAGAUCAUCACGGCGCAGAUCGAGCUAAUGGCGAGCUUGACGCAGGUCAUCCUGGAGUGCCAUCAGACGAGGGACUAUAGCGGCGGUGUGUCCAAACUGCAGCUGUGCAAGGGGACUAUACCUGUGCUUAUAGGUCUCGCGAGAUCCAUGGGCCGUUUCGCCACCAUCGACCCCCCUCUCCUCUGCCGCCUGUUCCCCCAGCCGCCCAGCCCAGUCAAAAACAAGGAGCCCGAACCCAACUUCGAAUACUCCACCCUAGACAAAAAGAGGAAAUUCAACCAAUUCCGACCGAUCAUACCCAGAUCCCUAUCAGGAAAUUUAAAUCCAGUAGAACAUAUCAUGGAAAACGGGAGCGAUACUGUAGAUGGUACCCUAAAAAGGGGAUCUCUUAACAGCUACCAUUCUGUCCCCUACGACCCUACAACAUACUUCUUCCACAAAUUCGGGUCCAGUUUCAACCAGUUCCCAUACAUGAGGUUCUCGGAGUCUCCAGAGAGGAGAAUAAAUGUGCAGUUCUAUGUGAGAUACCUGCAGAACAUUCUGUCGUACGCGAAGAAGUUGUUGACCAAGGAUUUGCUGGCGUUUUUGGACGAAGAGGCGGAUGAUAUAUACGCGGCUGGGCAAAUACAGGUGUUCCCAUACAAGUCGUUCUCAGAGACGCUGAACCUAGUUAUGGUGACAUUGCUGAGGGAAAUAUUACAGCACCAGAAAGAUCUACCCGGACCUUUCACCAAAGAUGUGCAAGAAUUCGUGAAAUGCCUGUUUCUAAGCGGGCAAACAGAGCUGCAGUCGCGCCACCACGAUGCGUCAGAGAAGGAAGACAGAGAGAGCAACUUCGCCACCGUCAACAAGUUCAAGGUCAACGUCAUGGCGAACUCUGCGUGUGUCGAUCUACUGGUGUGGGCCAUUGGCGAUGAAACAGUGGAUGAGGAGUGUGGAGUGCCGGCUCUUAUAAACGCUCUAACCAUAUUAAUAGGUGCCGACUCCUUGUGUGGCCGUCUCACUGAGAAGAUCAACUCGAAUCACAAUCAUAAAUUGAUACUGGCGCAUAUGCCUCUCCUCAUGGUCUGUCUUGAAGGACUUGGUAAACUCGCAACGAAAUUCCCGACGAUAGCGAACACUUCGAUAUACUGCCUGAGGGAUUUCCUCGUCACCCCCUCGCCGAUAUUAUUCAAACUGCACAAGUUAGAGCUAGAAAAGACGGGAAAGGAGCACAUGAAAGUUACAUUACAAGGUAAAGAGCUGCAAGGCAUGACAGAGACCGGGGUCCCGGUCAAAUCUACGCCUUUCGAAAAGCUUCGGGACGCGGCCAUAGAGAAUCUUUGCGUGGCCUUAGAAGCUGCGCUUACUGUGGACCCCUUCUGUGUGCCUGCGCUCGUGGGUUCCGUUAGUAACAGACUCUUCACUGCUGAAACUAGUGACAGCGAAUCAUCAUUGAUAAGCACAAACAUAGUGAUAAUGUUGGGUCACGUGGCGGUGGCCUUGAAAGACACGCCGAAGACUACGGACACGGUUCUUCAGUUCUUCCAACAGAGAUUAUGCCGCGCCCCAUCAUCCUUAGACACGCUGAUAGUGGACCAGCUGGGCUGCAUGGCGCUGGCCAGCCCCGCGGGCCCGGCGCACGACGAGAUCAUGCGCAUGUUCACCGUCAUCACCGUGGAGGCCGCCUCCGCCGCCUACCACCACACCGACGACCGCAAGCAGUACAGACACGUCUCCGGCGCCGUUCUGAACGCUCUAGCGAACAUCGCGGCGAACGUUCGAGGCACGAGCGCCCGGCUCGAACUACUUACUCGUCUACUCGAACUGUUCGUGCAGCUGGGAUUGGGCGGCGAGCGCGCUACGGACCGAUCGCCUGCUCCCGUGCUCAAGAGCUCAGGCAGCGCAGGGAACCUUGGUGUGCUGAUACCGGUCAUAGCGGUAUUAGUGAAGAGACUGCCCCCGAUAAAGAACCCAAAGCCCCGGCUUCACAAGCUCUUCCGCGACUACUGGCUUUACUGCGUAGUCAUGGGAUUCACCGCGGCAGAAUCACGGUUAUGGCCGCAAGAAUGGUACGCCGGCGUAAAAGAGAUAGCAGUAAAAUCUCCCUACUUGGUCUCGCAAACUUCACUCCGUUCUGACCUGCGCGAGCUUCAGUACACAUCAGCUGUCAGAAACGAUUCUGUAUCAGUGACAGAGCUUCAGGAGUUGAAGACACAGAUCUUGAACCUUUUGGAUCAUCCUCAAGAUGUAUCGGUGAUAGUUGGCAAGCUUACUUUCGCGCCGUGCAUGUAUCUGCUCAGUGUGUACUGGCUUGAAACUUUGAGGGUGACCAACUCACCGGAGCCCAGUCUACAGCCGAUCAUCGAGUACCUGAGCGACACGGCGCUGCAGAAGGACAAGAGUAUGAUGUGGCAAUGCGUCGCCAGUGUCGGCGACAAAGUGUUCCUCAAAUUCCUGGACGUGAUGUCAGAGAAGGUGAAAGAUGAGUCGCGAGAGCGCGAGCUCGAGAGCCACGCUCAGUUCCUAUUGGUCAACUUCAACCACAUACAUAAGCAGAUACGGCGAGUGGCCGACAAGUGGUUGGCUGGACUGGUGGAUAGAUUCCCGCAUCUGCUGUGGAACUGUAGGGUUCUCUGGUCCAUGUUGGAUAUCCUGCAAGUCCUGAGCUACAGCUUGGAGUUGGACCCCAAUGAGGAGACGCCGCUACUCAAAGUGCCUGGCACUGACUUCACUCUGCAGCUGCAGGAUACCUUGGAAGGGAGAGAGGGAAUAGUGAAAGAUUUCGCCGAUCGCUGCCACGGCAUAGUUCAGGAGGCCAUGAAAUGGGCGCCGCAGUCCACACGCUCGCAUCUGCAGGAGUACCUGAAUCAGGUCCCGAACUCAACACUGUGGCACCACGUAGGGCUGGCGCUCGCGACUGGGGCACUCUUAGGCGCGGCGGGACUCAACCGCGCAUCGGCCCCUCUAUCCCGUGCCGCUCUAGAGAAGCGUCCCUCCUGUGUCACGCAGGAUUCAGCGGCAUUGCUAGCUGUAGUGUCACAGAGGAGUCGAUACGCCGGUGAAGUGGCCGGCGCAGUGGCGGCGGAGGGCGGCGGCGAAGCUGCCUUAUGGCGCGUGGGCGCCCGCCUCCACACCGCACUAAAGGACGCCUGCAGCAGCGAGAGCGAGACGGCGCAUCGUGCGGCGUUGUGGCGUGCCACAGCGCUACUAGUGCAUGCGCGACAUCACGCCACGCAAGAUGGGACGGCACGCGCGCUGUUACAUUCAGUGGCAUGGUCCCAAGUGGACAUAUUCACCGAAGACGCCGUGACCUCCGCCGUGGAGUGCUGGCAGUGGCUGACCACGGCCCGGCCGGAGCUGGAGCUGAGACUACUGCAGGAAAUGUUCGCCGCGUGGCAGUGCACCGUCGACCGCCGCAUGGGGCUGUUCUCACCGCAAACUGAGGAGACGAGCCCGCUAGCCGCCUAUGAGGGGUCCAAACUAGAACCUCGGCCACCGUUCGUGGCGCCGCACGCAGUAUGGGUGCGCUACUUCUGCGAGCUGGCUGAGACAGCCAAGUACAACAGCCAUGAGAAGGUUGAGAUGCUUGCCAGUAUGCUCCAUAGAUCUUUACCAUUGGCCGUUGGAGAUAUUCGGGACAAUAUAAACAGGCACGUGGAAGCCGUGGGUGUCAGGUUCAAACUGUUAUCCUGCGGCCUAUCUCUCCUACAAGGCGACAUUCUACCCCGUUCUCUCGCCCGUAACAUCCUCAGAGAGCGCGUAUAUAGUGCGUGCCUAGAUUACUUCUGCCGCGGCCUGCAGUGUCCCAGCAAAACGUCCUGCGCUUUAAGAGAGGACAUCAUAUCGCUCAUCAAGUUCUGGCAGUUAAUGCAUUCUGAUAAGAAGUAUUUGAAAAGCAGUGAUAUUGGUGAUUUCGACCAGCUGGGCCCCAGCAGUCAACAGAGUAUCUACACGUCGAACUCCCCUACUGACGCGCGCUCGUCGGUCAACAGCAGCGACAUGGGCAACCGGCAGACCACCGGCUGGAUCAACACGGUCCCGAUGUCAACGACCACGCUCAGCAGCGGAGCCGGCAGCAUCGCCGGCAAGCGGUCGAAUAGAAGCGUGAAGCCACCCGCCAAGUCUCAGGACACAUUCGUAAAGGAUUAUGUUAGGAAGAGAAACCUUAUUCUGGAACUUAUGGCCGUAGAAAUAGAGUUCCUAGUGACGUGGCACAACCCACACGGGCGGCCGGAGCAGGCCAUCCCCGGCGAGGACAACAUCGCCACGUGGCGCUCCAAGCCGAACACCGAGCGCACGUGGCGCGACUACGCCAAGCUGGCGUGGGACAUCAGCCCCACGCUCGCCGUGUUCCUGCCGGAGAGGUUCAAUAACGAGGGUAUUAUCGCCGAAAUGCGUCGCAAAGUGCAGGCCCAGCCGACCGCCGUGUGCCACAUCCCCCAAGCCCUCAAAUAUCUGGUCACAACGGAGACCUUACUCAACGACGCGCAUGAGUUAGUCCACAUGGUGACAUGGGCCCGCGUGACGCCCGUGGAAGCUCUGUCGUACUUCAGCCGGCAGUACCCGCCGCACCCGCUGUCCGCGCAGGCCGCCGUGUCCGCGCUCACGUCCUACCCGUCCUCCGCCGUGCUGCUGUACAUCCCGCAGCUGGUGCAGGCGCUGCGCCACGACACGGUACGUGUCGAGACAUGUUACAGCCGGCAGUACCCGCCGUACCCGCUGUCCGCGCAGGCCGCCGUGUCCGCGCUCACGUCCUACCCGUCCUCCGCCGUGCUGCUGUACAUCCCGCAGCUGGUGCAGGCGCUGCGCCACGACACGAUGGGCUACGUGUCGGAAUUGAUAAAGUCCCUCGCGCGCAAGUCGCAGGUGGUCGCGCACCAGCUCAUAUGGAACAUGCAUACCAACAUGUACACCGACGAAGAAAUGCAUAACAAAGACCCUGUUCUUUACGACACACUGGAAGCGUUGACAAAGAAUAUAGUGGACACACUCUCGGGGCCAGCCAAAGCGUUCUACGAACGAGAAUUCGACUUCUUCGGGCAGAUCACGAACAUCUCCGGAAUAAUCCGACCGUACCCGAAGGGGGCAGAGAGGAAACGAGCAUGCCUUGAGGCCUUGAAGAAUAUUAAGGUCCAACCAGGAUGUUACUUGCCGUCCAAUCCAGACUCCAUGGUACUGGACAUCGACUAUAAGAGCGGCACACCGAUGCAGAGCGCAGCAAAGGCGCCUUACCUCGCACGGUUCCGUGUCCGCAAGUACGGUAUCGCCGAGAUGGAGGCGGUCGCAAUGGCCAUCGCGGCCGGUGAGGACCCACCUGCUGAGGAAGGCAAAGACCGCUUCACCUCCAUGGUGGCGGAAACGUGGCAGGCGGCCAUCUUCAAAGUGGGCGACGACGUCAGACAGGACAUGUUGGCGCUGCAAGUGAUCUCGCUGUUCAAGAACGUGUUCCAACAAGUCGGGCUCGACCUGUAUCUGUUCCCGUAUAAGGUGGUGGCCACGGCGCCAGGAUGUGGUGUGAUAGAGUGCGUGCCCAACGCGAAGUCGAGAGACCAGCUCGGCAGGCAGACGGACAUCGGGAUGUACGAAUACUUCAUUAAGAAAUAUGGCGACGAGACCACUAGAGAAUUCCAGGCGGCCAGGAGGUGUUUCGUGACGUCAAUGGCGGCGUACAGCGUCAUCGGCUUCCUGCUGCAGAUCAAGGAUCGGCACAACGGCAACAUCAUGCUGGAUACAGACGGACAUAUCAUACAUAUAGAUUUCGGGUUCAUGUUUGAGUCAUCGCCGGGCGGCAACCUGGGCUUCGAGCCCGACAUCAAGCUGACGGACGAGAUGGUGAUGGUGAUGGGCGGCAAGAUGGAGGCGCCGCCGUUCCGCUGGUUCUGCGAGCUGUGCGUGCAGGCCUUCCUCGCCGUGCGACCAUACCAAGAAGCCAUAAUAUCCAUGGUGUCCCUCAUGCUGGACACCGGGCUGCCCUGCUUCCGCGGGCAGACCAUCCGCCUCCUCCGCUCCCGCUUCGCGCCCAACUCCACGGAGAAGGAGGCGGCUGCCUUCAUGCUGUCCGUAAUAAGGAACUCCUUCCUCAACUUCAGGACGAGGACGUAUGACAUGAUACAGUAUUAUCAGAACCAGAUCCCGUAUUAAUUUGUAGAUGUUGGGGAAAAAUUGAGAUCGAAGGCCAGAGGACACCGGAUAUGUGCGCUAAAAUGUAGCCAUGGUAUUGUGACACUCACGUGUCACUGGCAAGACAGAGACAAAACACAUCCUUAUCACGUAAAUACAUCAUGGUGAAGAAAAAAACAUCCUGGUCACGGCACCAAAUUGUAACACGUAAAUGUCAGUGUCCCUCAUGCUGGACACUGGGCUGCCUUGCUUCCGCGGGCAGACCAUCCGCCUCCUCCGCUCCCGCUUCGCGCCCAACUCCACGGAGAAGGAGGCGGCGGCCUUCAUGCUGUCCGUAAUAAGGAACUCCUUCCUCAACUUCAGAACCAGGACGUAUGACAUGAUACAGUAUUAUCAGAACCAGAUCCCGUAUUAAUUUGUAGAGGUUGGGGAAAAAUUGAGAUCGAAGGCCAGAGGACACCGGAUAUGUGCGCUAAAAUGAAGUGAUAAUAUCCAUGGUAUUGUGAAACUCGCGUGUCACUGGCAAGACAGGGACAAAACAUCCUUAUCGCGUAAAUACAACCUGGUGAAGCAAAAAAUAUCCUGGUCACGGCACCAAAUUGUAACACGUAGAUGACAGGAUCGCUCAUGUUGGACUAUCCUGCUUGACCUGCGUCCGCGGGCAUACUAUCCGCCUCCUUCAGUCCCGCUUCGCCCAACUCGGAAAAGGAGGCGGCUGCCUUCAUGCCUGUAAUAACUACUAAUUCGGAAUUUGAUUACAGUUAGAUAUUCGCACUGUGUCGUUGCUUUAGUAAAAGAAUGUCGUCUUAUUAACUGAAGACCGAGGUAUACAGAUAAAUACCUAUUUUGUGCUUGGACUUCACAUAUAACUUGACAU